AUGCCGGUGUGCUUUGUUUGCAGAGCAUCUGUGCGUGCGGCAACGACAAAGGCAUUCGCGCCUGUUGGCAGGAAAGAUGCAGGUGCAGAUAUCUUUGACCGCUUUGCCAAGCUGGAGAGUGGGGAGGGUGCUGAGGAAGAUGGGGGCAGCAAGCGGAAGGCAGGGGGCGGGGCAGGGGCCAGGGAAGAGGGGCGGAAGGAGCAGGGUGCAGAAGGCCCUGAAGAUGAGGAGCUAUUGGAAGAAGAGGAAGAUGCAGAUUUCCAGGAUGAUGACGACUACCUCAUAGGGGAAACCUUUGAUGACGACGAAGGCUAUGAUGACCCAUACAAUGACGGGGACGAUGAAGGACCAACAUAUUGAUGUUCCUGGAACAGGACUUUAGAACUUCAUUGCAACUUACACACAGGUCCUAUAAUAAUUGAGGGGCAGUGUGUUCACAGUAAUUGUGUUAUGGUGGUCUAUUGGAUGGGGAGCACUCUCCUGUAAAUGCUCGAGUC